GUGUGGUGGCAGGAUUUGAUGGCGGUGACCCAUGACCAACAAUUCAAUAAUGUACUUCAACAGGGAACAGUAUGGAGGGUGGGCAACGGGGAUAAAAUUCGUUUCUGGGAGGAUUGCUGGACUGGAAGCGGUCAACCACUAAUGCUGAAAUACCCUAGGCUAUUUCAGAUAUCCCGUCAGCAACAAAAAUUAAUUCUGCAAAUGGGGAGUUUCACAGAUUCAGCAUGGGAAUGGAACCUCUCUUGGAGAAGGCCCCUAUUUGACAAUGAGGUAGCCUCGGCUGUAGGUUUUCUGGAAGAUAUAUCACACACUGCACUCCAACAAUAUGCAGCAGACAGCAGGGUAUGGAAACCUGAAUCCAAUGGAUACUAUUCUUCUAAGAGCGCCUACAUUCUGCUGCAAGGGAACUCAGAGGAGGGAAACAUGGAUGAUACAUUCAAGGACUUAUGGAAGCUGAAGAUCCCAGCUAAAGCAUCAAUUUUCGCUUGGAGGUUAAUUAGAGAUAGAUUACCGACUAAGUCUAAUCUGCGGAAAAGGCAAAUUGAUAUAAAUGACAGUCUGUGCCCUUUAUGUAGUAUUAAGGAGGAAACUGCAUCUCAUCUCUUCUUUGAAUGCAGCAAAACACAGCAAUUAUGGUGGGAAUCCCUAUCAUGGAUUGGUACCUCGGGGGCCUAUCCUAUAAAUCCAAGGCUCCACUUUCUGCAGCACAGCAAUGGGAUGAAAGGUGGGAAGAAAUACAACAGGUGGAAGUGUUGGUGGGUUGCUUUAAACUGGUCUAUAUGGCAGUAUAGAAAUAAGGUUAUUUUCACGAAUGCCCCAUUCAAUGGCAGUAAGGUGCUGGAAGAUGCACUGUUCUUAGCAUGGACAUGGUUCAGAACUAUGGAGGAAAAUUUUACAAUGCAUUUCAACUUUUGGUCUAGUAAUCUACCAGCUGGUUUUAUGUAAUCUAGGGUAACACCAGCUGUGUUUUUGUUAUUUUCGCCGCUUUGUAGUAGGCUAGUAAGCUCCUAUCAGUCUGUAUUUAGCCUGAUAUGAGGAUUUACUAGCCUUACUUACAUUCUCUAGUAUUUCCGGUACCUCUGGUACUCUCUCAUUUAUUAAUAUAUAUUAUUUUUGCUGA